GGCGCGGGCAUUCCCUCAACCUGAUUGGUCCUCUGACCCGUCACUCCCGGGCGCCCCCCCUCCCACCGCACCACGGGGUAAAAGCCAGCCCCGGCCCGGCUCGGACGGUUUCCAGGCUGGUCUUUUAAGUCGUGGCCGCUGUGCCUGGGACGUCCCGCUGACCGCGUGUCUGCUGCCGAGACCAUGUCUGCCAACGGGGCGGAGGCUGAUGCCAGCACCCAGGUGACAGCGGAAGAACCGGUGCAGCAGCCGAGUGUGGUGGACCGCGUGGCCAACAUGCCCCUCAUCAGCUCCACCUGUGACAUGGUGUCCGCGGCCUAUGCCUCCACCAAGGACAGCCACCCGCAUGUCAAGACCGUCUGUGAUGUGGCAGAGAAGGGAGUGCGGACCCUCACGGCGGCCGCUGUCAGCGGGGCUCAGCCCAUCCUCUCCAAGCUGGAGCCACAGAUUGCGUCAGCCAGCGAAUUAGCCCACAGGGGGCUGGACAAGUUGGAGGAGAACCUCCCCAUCCUGCAGCAGCCCACGGAGAAGGUCCUGGCGGACACCAAGGAGCUUGUGUCGUCCAAGGUGUCGGGGGCCCGAGAGAUGGUGGCCAGCGCCAAGGACACAGUGACCACACGAGUGUCGGAGGCGGUGGGCGCCACCUGUGGUGCCGUGCAGAGCGGCGUGGACAAGACCAAGUCUGCAGUGACCGGCGGGGUCCAGUCGGUCAUGGGCUCCCGCGUGGGCCAGAUGGUGCUGAGUGGGGUCGACACGGUGCUGGGGAAGUCGGAGGAGUGGGUAGACAACCACCUGCCUCUCACGGACGCCGAGCUGGCCCGCAUCGCCACGUCGCUGGAUGGCUUCGACAUUGCGUCCGUGCAGCAGCAGCGGCAGGAACAGAGCUACUUCGUGCGUCUGGGCUCCCUGUCGGAGAGGCUGCGGCAGCACGCCUACGAGCACUCGCUGGGCAAGCUUCGGGCCACCAGGCAGAGGGCACAGGAGGCUCUGCUGCAGCUGUCGCAGGCCCUAAGCCUGAUGGAAAAUGUCAAGCAUAGCGUUGAUCAGAAGCUGGUGGAAGGCCAGGAGAAGCUGCACCAGAUGUGGCUCAGCUGGAACCAGAAGCAGCUCCAGGGCCCCGAGAAGGAGCUGACCAAGCCAGAGCAGGUUGAGUCCCGGGCUCUCACCAUGUUCCGGGACAUUGCCCAGCAGCUCCAGGCCACGUGCACCUCCCUGGGGUCCAGCAUCCAGGGCCUCCCCAGCAAUGUGAAGGACCAGGUGCAGCAGGCCCGCCACCAGAUGGAGGAACUCCAAGCCACCUUCUCCAGCAUCCACUCCUUCCAGGACCUGUCCAGCAGCAUCCUGGCCCAGAGCCGUGAGCGCGUGGCCAGCGCCCGUGAGGCCCUGGACCACAUGGUAGAAUACGUGGCCCAGAACACACCUGUCACGUGGCUUGUGGGACCCUUUGCCCCUGGAAUCACUGAGAAAGCCCCAGAGAAGUAGAGGGAAAGGAGAGGACUCAGGAGCCCCAUUUCUGUGCUGCAGCUCUGGAGUCCUCAAUCUGGGGCCCAUUUCAAACCAAUUUUCUAAGCCCUCCUCCCAGCUCUUCCGUGCUGUCAGUUGGAAGCUAAGGCUCUCAAAACUGGGCCAUCACCCCGCUGGCCAACCUCUCACCCCCUCUGAGUUUGGAAGAAGCAUAUUCUGAGCCUCACCCUAUCAGUCAGUAGAAAGGGAUAUCCAGAAAAAUAUUUUUCACGAAGGUUGCCCCCCAACCUGAAUUUUUUUUUUCCUUGUUAAAAAUUGGGUAUAUAGUCUCUGUCCCGCUUUGUCUACACCGAUGACCCUGGCUAUCAGCCUGUAAUGCGUGGACUUGGAUUUCUGGCCUAAGUGGGCCUCCUGGGGAUGGGAGGGACCGCUGAGCUUCUGAGCUUCAUUGUAGAGCAGAAGGGUGCUGGGGCCUGUCCGGCACGCCUUGUUGAAAUGCCCUGGCAUUCAGUAUUGCCUUAAUAAACUUCACCUACAACUGCA